UCGCUUCUCCUCAUUUUCAACUCUCUCUCUCUCUCUCUCUCUCUGCAUUCCUUUCUACCUUGUGGUUUCUCUCUGAAUCGGAGGUCAAGGGGAAAUCAAGGCGGAGGAGGAGGGGAUAAAGGAGCCUGCUUUGCCUUUUUACCGGGAUGGACAUUGAUAGCCUGGAAUGCAUUCCAUCGUGCGAUGGAUUGGACGUAGAAGGGACUUCCCAUCUCCACAUCCCCUUCCCCAAAGCACAUGGAACAGCUGUGGCCAACGGCACCAUGCCACAGUCAGGAAUUUCUCCUGCAACUAGCAUCCGAGAGCUGCUCGAGUGCCCGAUCUGCACCAAUUUUAUGUACCCUCCCAUCCAUCAGUGUCGUAACGGUCACACUCUUUGUUCAAAUUGCAAAACAGUGCACGACUGGUGUCCCACCUGCAGACUGGAACUUGGAGACAUUCGGUGCUUAGCAUUGGAAAAGGUAGCUGAGUCGCUUGAGCUUCCAUGCAAGUAUUCUACAUUGGGUUGUCCCGAAGUUUUUCGAUACAACACCAAACACAAGCACGAAUCUCAAUGCCUUUUCAGACCAUACAAUUGCCCAUAUGCUGGUUCCGAAUGCUUUGUAAAUGGGGCUAUACCUUUCUUGGUUUCCCAUUUACGAGAUGAUCACAAAGUGGAUAUGCAUACUGGGUGCACAUUCAACCACCGAUAUGUGAAAUCUAAACCACAUGAAGUUGAGAAUGCCACCUGGAUGCUAACUGUAUUUCAUUGCUUUGGACAGUAUUUCUGCCUGCAUUUUGAGGCAUUCCAGAUAGGUACGGCGCCCGUGUAUAUGGCCUUCCUGCGCUUUAUGGGCGAUGAGAAUGAUGCGAGAAAGUUCAGUUACAGCCUUGAGGUUGGGGGAACUGGCAGGAAGCUUAUAUGGGAGGGCUAUCCUAGAAGUAUUCGUGAUAGCCAUUCCAAGGUUCGAGACAGCCUUGAUGGGCUCAUAAUUCACAGGAGUAUGGCUCUCUUCUUUUCCGGAGGCGACAGGAAGGAGCUGAAGCUCAGAGUCACAGGCCGGAUAUGGAAGGAACAGUAGAAUUCUGAAAUAUGGACCUUUCAUUCUUUGGAACUGAAACAGUUGGCUUUUGCUGAAAAUUCUUUCUUGUAAGUGGCAACUCCUUGCAUGCUUGUCGUUUAAUUAUCAUGGAUUUACAUAUCUAAUAUCGUCAUAUUUAUAUUAGCUCUAUAAUACUUUAAAUUGUAAAACACAUCAAAAGCAUAUGUAUUAUAAAAAUGAAUAAAUAAUAAAGAUGAAUGUAAGCCAUAUUUUUGAUGUGUUUUAAAUAUUAAUGUGUUAUAUAAAAAUUUAAUUAUUAGA